ACAAAGUAAACAGAUGUGGUAGGAGGAGAACAAGAGACAUUUUUCCACUUGACAUUUACCCACAUUGGCGACAAAAAAAGUUUAUUAAAAACUAUUAAAAUGGGAAAAUGUACCUGGAUUUUACUGUUAACUCAUAUUUUGCACGCCUGGGGCCAGAUGAUAGAGCUAUUGCCCACACCUUGCAACAACAAAGCUGUGGAGAAGCUUUCCAAAUUGGCCCUCACCUACAUCAAUGAAGACCGAACCGAGGGGUAUAAAUUUGCCCUCAAUAGAAUAUCCAACGUUCAUCUUCACGCUCAGGGUCCAGCUGGAAACGUCUACUACCUCCUUCUAGAUGUGUUGGAGACCAAGUGUCAUGUGAGAAGCCCUAAACCCUGGAAACGAUGUGAUGUCAGACCCUUCAUGGAAACCCAAAUCUCUGGGAACUGCAAUACCACCAUUCUCCACACAGCCAAUGGAUACUCCUACCUGUACAGCUACGACUGCACACUGGUGCCUGACCCUCCAGAGAAGCUGCAGCAGACAUGUCCAGCCUGCCCCUUGCUGCUGCCCAUAGACAGCCCCAAGGCGGUGCACGCUGCUGGGCUGACCCUCUACAAGUUCAACACGCAGAGCACCCUACCCUCCAGCCUGGGCCUGCAGAACCUUACCAGAGCCUCCGUACAGAGUGGGCCCGUGCCUGCUACCUUUGUGGAGUACACAGUGCAGGAGUGUCGCGAGGGCUAUGUGGGCAUGUGUGUGCCAACAGACAACAGCGGAGACCCAGCUGGGUUUUGUAAGGGGGCGGUGUAUGGAGCUAUCGGCCAACCAGACGUGGAUGUCUCUUGUGAAAUAUUCCAUCCAAAGGGCAUUGAUGUUUUCCAUGACCUGACCCCUCCUCGACCCCCAACGAUACCUGAAGUCCCCAUCUUUGUCCCCAAUGUCCCCAUUAUCAUACCCUCCUACCCCACAGCCCCCCCUCCUCUUCUGGAGGAGCCCCAAACACAACCCUUUGACCCCAGUAUCCUGGUUGACCCUACACGCAUCUUUCCCAACCCCCCUAUCCCCAACCCCAACCCUUCGUCUUCCAGCGAGUCUCAGGAGACUCCAGUCUCUCCAGGAGUUCCAGACUCUUCCUCCGAGGAGCUAGGUGUGGCUCGACCGCCCUUCAACUUCCGCUACCGGCCCCUGCGCAGACGGAGGCAGGCCCUGGUGACAGCCAAGCCCCCUCACACCCCUGUCUUUCUGGCUGAGUUCCCCAGCACACCCUCUCCCUUCCGCUCCUGCCCGGGUCCUUCUCGCUACACCACUGUGUGACCCAGACGGGGAUAGAGCCUCCUUCAGUAGGGCAUCAACUCUGUGCAACGUUCAUAAAGAAAUGUUCGUUAGGUUGUAUCCUCCUGAACGUAUCUCGAGCAUGACUUUAAAGUUAGGAGACUGGUAUAAAAUGUAGAGUUAAAGUUAGGAGACUGGUAUAAAAUGUAGAGGUAAAGUUAGGAGACUGGUAAAAAAUGUAGAGUUAAAGUUAGGAGACUGGUAUAAAAUGUAGAGGUAAAGUUAGGAGACUGGUAUAAAAUGUAGAGUUUAAGUUAGGAGACUGGUAUAAAAUGUAGAGUUAAAGUUAGGAGACUGGUAUAAAAUGUAGAGUUAAAGUUAGGAGACUGGUAUAAAAUGUAGAGUUUCAUCCUGCAUACGUUUGGUAUAUAAUUUUGUUAAUGACAUCUCUUCUCUGAAAACGUAUUCAGACAGUAAUCGUUAUCUAGCCUGCAGCUUACAUUUCAGAAGUUUCUCUGAGACUUCAGUUCAGACGUUCUCAUCUGAUUCUAAAAACAGCUAAAUAAACUCUUACAAUGUGA